GCUCCAUAUACAGUUGUGCAACCGAUGACCUUGAUUUUAGGCCGGAUUUCGUUUUUCUGUGUACAAGUAUUCAGGUCAUAGCUGCUGAAGACGUUUUUAUUUGUGAAUCGGUGCAAAACAUCGUUGUAAAUUACGUGGGAAGUGAAAUCUGUGUAAUAUUAUAGCUGGCUCGUGGAAUAAGCAACAGUAACCAAGAGUGUGCUGAAGACAUGAACAUACUGCAGACCUGAUAGCAGCCAUCAUGACGACAGAGGCUGUGAUCACAGCUCCUGUGCAGAAAGACUACCACUACUGGUUGCGCUCUUUCACAGCUGGAGGUGUUGCAGGGUGCUGUGCCAAGUCCACCAUAGCGCCUCUCGACAGAGUGAAAAUAUUACUGCAAGCUCAAAAUCCGCAUUACAAACACCUUGGAGUGUUUGCCACACUUAAGGCUGUGCCAAAAAAAGAGGGUUUUCUUGGGCUUUACAAAGGAAAUGGAGCUAUGAUGAUCAGGAUUUUCCCAUAUGGAGCCAUCCAGUUUAUGGCCUUUGAUCACUACAAAAAGUUCCUUAACACACAACUUGGAAUAUCUGGGCACAUUCAUCGGCUUAUGGCGGGAUCUUUGGCAGGGAUGACCGCAGUUAUUUGCACUUAUCCGCUCGAUGUCAUCCGAGCACGCUUAGCAUUUCAAGUCACAGGAGAGCAUCGCUACACUGGCAUACGAAACGCCUUUCAGACUAUUUACCUUAAGGAGGGAGGAAUCUCUGGUUUCUACUGGGGUCUGACCCCCACAAUCAUUGGCAUGGCUCCAUAUGCAGGAUUUUCCUUUUUUACUUUCGGUACAUUGAAGACUCUGGGACUGACUCACUUUCCAGAGCUCUUAGGCAAGCCGACUCUUGACAACCCUGAUGUUCUAGUGCUGAAGACUCACGUCAAUCUGUUGUGUGGUGGAGUCGCCGGAGCAAUUGCUCAAACUAUAUCAUAUCCACUAGAUGUUGCCCGGAGGAGAAUGCAGUUGGGUACAUCACUGCCUGAUUUUGAUAAAUGUCGCAGUCUCACACAAACUCUGAAGUACGUGUACACCCAGUAUGGCAUUAAGAGAGGACUGUACCGUGGCCUGUCCCUCAACUACAUCCGCUGUAUACCGUCACAAGCCGUUGCCUUCACCACUUAUGAGUUCAUGAAGCAAGUUUUUCAUCUAAACUAGAAAAAUCAGUGACUUGAAGACUUGAACCCCUAAAGAAACACGUUGAAACGACCCCUGGCAACAUGACAGCACCCUUGCCUGCCAUUCCAGUCAACAGUCAAGUGAACUCCAGUUCUUACAAAACACCCACACAAACGGCAAACCUGUGGCUUCGCACACCCCAGCAACAGUCACUAUGGAUACAGAGACAAAAGCUUACUUUUCCAUUAUGUGUGGAUCAGGAACAUGUCCCCUAACAACCGACACUGGAAAUACCAUAGACUUCCGUCUGAAACUUGCCUGUAUGAAGCCAUCCUAUCUCAUAUUGAACAAUAUGACAUAGCUUAUCACUCAUAUACAUUAGGCAAAACACAAAUUCACAGAAGAUUUGACCUAUUGGAUGGACGGUUUCAAUAGGCAUAUCACAGUGCUUUUAACUAUGACUGAUGAUGACAUAAUUUUUUUUAUGUCAGAAACCUAAAUAUGAAAGUUGAUUUUUCUUCGCUAAAUUUGAUUUAUAUGUAGCUUUUUAUUUCAGUCACCUCAAGUCUUAUUGGCUGAUAUUUGUCUCUUUUAGUGAUCAAUAUGACUUACCUCUACAUUUCAGUAAUAUAGCGAAUGGGAGACAGUGUGUUUAAUGUUGUCUAUGCAGUAUUCAGUCAUGUGCGCAUGCCGUCGUUACUGUGGCUCAAACUAUAUCUGAUCGAUGCCUUACAGUGCAGUUAAAUUCACAAUUCACUCCUUUUUGGAAAAGCGCAAUCAAGUGAAAAUGUGUGUGGUGAUAAACAUCACAGCUGAAAUGUAUUUGAAUCUGUUAAAUUAUUGUUCUGAUUUGUGAUGGGGGAAAAAUGGAUCCCUUAAAUAAAGUAAUGACUUUGCCUUUCUAUAUGCACAGAAGUUUUAUCAAAUAAUUAUUUCUUUCAUCGGUUAUGAAUCUAUAUUUACUACUAUUAUACAGUAAAUAUCAUAUCCACUAUAUACUAUUAUUAUGUUUGUACGUUUGAAAAUGUUUGUAUAUGUAUGUAUAUAUAUAUAUAUAUAUAUACAGACACACACACACACACACACACACAUAUAUAAAAUGCCUGUUUUUAGUUUUUAAAGGGAACUGAGCACACUCAAACUUGCAUCAAUUUCCUUCCUGUUUGUUGCCAUGUGGUGGCGGUGUUUCAGUAAUUCGUGUCCUAAAGGCUCUUUGAAUUUGUGCUUUUUGGGUUCAUGUGCAUUGAUUGUUUUGCUGCAUGUGUUUCCAAAGAAAAGGAGGAACUCUUAUGAAUGUACAUAUGAGUGCAUUCAACCGAGAUUGAUGCUAUCGUUUUAUGACAGAUCGAAUACAUGUAUGAGUAGCGAAGGCAUGAUUCAAUUGUCACAUUCAGGUUUAUCUUCACCAAGUGUCUUUCUUUUCUGAUUCUUGAGAACUGAGCCUUAAGUUCAUCUUCUGCUUUGGAUAAAUCACCUUUAUUUAUUUAUUUAUUUAUUUGCGUCAUUACAAUGUAUUACAUUUGUAUAAUGAAUGGAUAGGCCUGCUAUUUCAGAUUGAAACGGUAUGCAUUGAACAAAAUUAACAUUUAAAGAAAUAAAUACAUUUGAAUUAUUU